AUUAAUGAGAUUGGAUUUAAAUAUUAUGAAAUGUCGCGGUCAAGGAUAUGACGGAGCAGCAGUGAUGAGUGGUUCAAUAACAGGCGUUCAAAAACAAAUUUGUGAUAUUGUACUUAACGCUAUAUUUGUUCAUUGCUGUUCUCACAAUAUAAAUUUGGUUUUAUGUGAUGCUGCUAAAAGUACUAGAAAAAUACAAUCAUUUUUUGAUACUGUGCAAGACAUCUACAAUUUUUUUAGCUCAAGUUCGCCAAGAUGGGCUCAGCUAGCCUUUGGUGAAGAGUACGGGAAUAAAAUAAAUAAAAUAACUUUAAAAAAAGUGUGUCCUACUCGAUGGGAAGCAAGACACAAUGCUUUAUUUUCAUUAAAACACAGAUUUGUUGAUGUUUUGAAAUCUCUUUCUAAUAUCCAGCUUUCAAGUUCCAAAAAAGAUGAAAUAAAUAUGGCUACAACUUUAAAAAAAAAAAUGGAAAAUGCUGAAUUUAUAAUUAUUCUAUGUAUAUGGGAACCUAUUUUAAAAUCCUUACAAGUGGUAUCAAAGAGUAUGCAAUCAGUUAAUUUAAGCUUACAAAAAGCAUCAACACAAUUAGAAAGUGCUAUUUUAAUUAUAGAAAAGUUGCGGGAUCAAUAUGACCAAAUAAUAAAAGAUUCAAGGGAAUUAUGUAUGAAGUGGAAUAUACCCUUCAAGUUAAGUGAAACUCGUCAAAGAUAUGCAAAAAAGUAUUUUGAUGAAGUAGACAGUGAUCGCCGGCUUACUACAACUGAUGAUAAUUUUAGAGUUACUAUAUUUUACCCAGUUGUAGACACAACACUAUUACAAUUAAGAGUUAGAUUUAAAGGAAUGAAAACUGUGUGUAAUGAUUUUAUUAUAUUAAUGCCUGAAAUAUUAACAUCAAUGUCUGACGAAUUGAUUGUUAAGUCAUCAUAUGACUUUAUUAACAAAUAUAAAGAAGAUAUCAGUUCUGAUUUCACUCGUCAACUUAUUAUAAUUAAAGGCUAUUUAUCUUCCAAAUUUCAAACCAACUAUUUAAAAAAUAUGACAAUUCACGAUUUAGCUGAUACUAUUGUUAAGGAAGAGCUGACAUCAAUAUUUCCUGAUGUAUUUAUCGGUAUUAUAAUUUUUUUGACUAUACCAGUGACAUCUGCUUCAGCUGAGAGAUCCUUUUCAAAGCUUAAACUUAUCAAAAAUUACUUACGGAACUCCAUCGGGCAAGAGAGACUUUCAAGUAUAGCUUUGCUUAAUAUUGAAAGACAACAAACAAAUGAUAUUAACAUAGAAAAUAUAAUUGACAAUUUUGCCAACAAAAAGGCAAGAAAAAUGAAUUUUUUAAAGUGAGUGAUGUUUUUUUUUCAAUUUUUUAAUUGACUGUUAAUGUUAAUGUUUACUGUGUUCAAUUUAUAUGUUACCUACAAUGUUGAUAAUUAUUUAUAUUUAAUAUGAAUUAAAAAAGGUUACAAAUUAUUACAUUUAUUUAUUUGUAAAU